CGAGUGAAAGGUGUCGCCCCGAUCAAGAAGGAGUACCUGAUCGACCUUUCCAAAACCGCACGACCCGACGCAAUCGAAAACGGAAACGACGACGACGACGCCGCAGAAGCAGGCAAGCACAACCACCACCAACAGCAACCCGUCGGCGGCCGCGGUGGCCUCAAAGCCAAAGGCGGACAGAACCACAACCGCUCAUUCGGCAGCUCGCGCGACGCCAUCCAACUCUGCAAAUCCCGCACCCACGCCUCCGAGUUCUCCCCCAUCACGUGCGCGUACGGGGAGAAAUGUCGGUACGAGCACGACAUCCGCAAGUACUUGCGCGAAGGCAAACGGGCGGAUCUGGAGACGUUUGGCGGGGUGUGUCCGCAGUUGGAGGGGAAGGGCAAGUGUCCGGCCGGGUGGCGGUGUAGGUUUGCGGGGAGUCAUUCGAGGGAGGUGGAGGGGUUGGACGGGAGGAGGGAGUUGGUGCAGGUGGGGUUUGAUGACAAGCAGGUCAAUGGUCAUGCUGCUGGUGGUGGGGAUGAGGAGGAGGAGGAUGGUGGUGGGGUGGGCGUGGUUAAUGUGGUCAGUCAUGUCGACAAGAUUCAACUCCGCAAGAAAAAGUUUCCCACCCCGAAGUCGGAUAAGUAUAUGCACUGGCUCAAUACCCAGAACCUUGAUCCGACCAACGGCAAAAAGGUGACCAUCGAGCACGACCAUAUAGAAGCCGAAGACGGUCCUUUCAACACCACGAAUGGCAUCCACGACCACCGCGCCCGCUUCGUCUCCCCGCCCCUCCGCGCCUCGGAAAAACGCCGUCUCCACUACGGCCCCGAGACCCCCGUCCUCGCGCCCCUAACCACCCAAGGCAACCUCCCCUUCCGCCGUCUCUGCGUCAGCCUAGGAGCGCAGAUAACUUGGUCCGAGAUGGCCAUGGGUUUGCCGCUGAUCCAGGGGGACAAGGGGGAGUGGGCGUUGAUGAAGGCGUGUGAGAGUGAGAUGGCGCCGCCGGCUUACCAUCCGACGAACGUAGUGGAUGAGUAUGGGUAUGAUAACAGCAAGGAUCUGAAGUUUGGGGCUCAAAUCGCGGCGAACAAACCUUGGCUUGCUCUCAAGACUACCGAGGUUUUGACAGCUCUGUGUCCGAGUCUGCGGGCGAUCGAUUUGAACAGCGGAUGUCCAAUCGACCUCGUCUGUCGCCAAGGCGCCGGUUCCGCACUCCUAGACACCCCCGCCAAACUGGAAAAGACUCUCCGCGGCAUGAACGCCGUGAGUGGAGAGGUACCCAUCACCGUCAAGAUCCGCAUGGGUACACGAGAUAAACAACCGACGGCUGAGAAGUUAGUCCAGAGAUUGGUAUUGGGUGGACCGGAAGCGAAGGAGUACGGAGAAGGGCCCGCGGGCGUGGCGGCGAUCACGUUACACGGUCGCAGUAAACAGCAGCGGUAUACCCGGAGUGCGGAUUGGGGGUACAUCGCUUCUUGCGCCAGUCUCGUCAAAAACUUGAAAGCGGAACGGAAUAGCGUGGCGGAUACAAUCCGCGAACCCGACGCCCGCGACCUCGCUCCCACCGCCUCAGGCACAGGCACAGGCACGGGGAGUGGCUUACCCUUCUUCUGCGGCAACGGCGACAUCCUCUCCCACCUCGACUACUCCACCCACAUCGCGGAGGCGGGGGUGGACUCCUGCAUGAUCGCCCGCGGCGCCCUGAUCAAACCGUGGAUCUUCGAGGAGAUUGCCGCGGGGCAGUACCUCGACAAGAGCGCCGCGGAGCGGUUGGGGUACGUGCAGCAGUUCGUGCGCAAUGGUUUGGGGUAUUGGGGCAGCGACGAGAUUGGCGUGGGGAUCACGCGCAGGUUUUUGCUGGAGUGGUUGAGUUUCGGGUGUCGGUAUGUGCCCGUGGGUUUGCUGGAGUAUUUGCCGCCGCGGUUUGGCGAUCGGCCGCCCGCGUUUCGGGGCAGGAACGAGUUGGAGACGUUGCUUUGUAGUGGGGAUUAUCGGGAUUGGGUGAAGAUCAGUGAGAUGUUCCUCGGACCGGCGCAUAAGGAUUUCAAGUUCCUGCCGAAGCAUAAGAGUAAUAGUUAUGAGAUUGAGGCGGAGGGUUGA